AUGAACUCAUUAGCACCAGUAGCUUUGACAUCUGCCUUUGCGUAUCUAGCUGCCAAGACUCUAAGAGGAAAAAGAAGAGAAAUGGAGAAACCAAUUGCAAAUUUAAGUGUAGACCUUCCAAAAUCGUUAAAAGACACAAAAUACCCUGCAAAAUUACAUAAUGCAAAUGUGCAAAACCAUUUAAAUGAAAAAGAUGCUGCCUUCUUGAUCUGUGGAAAUCACGUUGAAGGAGUCAAAUACUGUGAUAUUUCAAAACCUUUCAGGCAAGAAAGGUAUUUCUACUAUCUUUCCGGUGUGGAUAUUCCGAAUUCUACUAUACUUUACCUAACAUCCUUAAAGAAAUUGAUUUUAUUUUUACCAGAUGUUAACAGUGAUGACAUUAUCUGGAGUGGUAUGCCAAUGUCUAUAGAGGAGGCUUCCAAGAAAUUCGACGUGGAUGAAGUUCACUACUUGAAAGAAUUCAACAACAUUUUCAGAAUGUAUGAAAAUGAUAUUACCAAACUUUAUACAACUGAUCUAGAUAACUUCAAAGUCAACGAAUCUGUUUUCAAGAGUUUGUUAGAUUCUAAAAAAAUCGUUGCUAAGGAUGAGAAAUUUUUCAAUUCUAUGGAUGAAGCAAGAUUGAUUAAAGAUGAAUAUGAAAUUGAAAUUUUGAGAUAUGCAUCCAAGAUUAAUGACAAUUGUCAUUUGGCUGUCAUGUCUGCCUUGCCUAUUGAAUUAACUGAAUACCAGAUUCAAGCUGAAUUUGAAUAUCAUGCCUUGAGACAAGGUUCAAGAACUUUAGGCUACGAUCCAAUUUGUUGCUCAGGACCAGCUUGUGGAACUUUACACUACGUCACAAACACUGAAGAAUUGAAAGAAAAGGAAUCAGUCUUGAUUGAUUCUGGUUGUGAAUGGAUGAACUAUACCACUGAUGUUACCAGAUGUUUCCCAAUUAACGGUAAGUUCACGAAGGAACAUCGUGAAAUCUAUGAAGCCGUUCUAGACAUGCAAGCUCAAACAAUGUCUUUAAUGAAGCCUGGUGCCCGUUGGGAAGAUUUACACAUUCUUUCACACAAAGUUUUGAUCAAACACUUAAUGAACUUGGGGAUCUUGAGAAAUGAAUUCACGGAAGAUGAAAUUUUUGAAUCUAAAGUCACUUGUGCCUUUUAUCCACACGGUCUUGGCCAUUUAAUGGGUCUUGAUGUUCAUGACGUUGCUGGUAAGCCAAAUUACGAAGAUCCUAACCCGUACUUCGCCUUUCUGCGUUUAAGACGUGAGUUGAAGGCGAACAUGGUUGUUACCAACGAACCUGGUUGUUAUUUCAAUGAAUUUUUAAUGAAAGAAUUUUUGGAGAAGUACCCUGAAAGAACAAAGAUGGUCAACUUCGAUGUCCUAAAGAAAUAUAUGUAUGUUGGUGGUGUUCGUAUCGAAGAUGAUAUCUUAAUUACCAAGGAUGGUCACGAGAAUUUAACAGGUAUUACGUCUGAUCCUGAUGAAAUUGAAAAGAUUGUAUCUAAAGGUCUAAGCAAAUCUCGUUCUAAUUUCCAUGUUGUCGUUUAA